GGCCGAGGAAAGUUGCGGGGAGUUGGGCGGGCGGCGGGGACGCCGCGGCUCAUUCCCCCCGCCCUUCGGGCCCGGCCCGCUGAGCAGAGCUGCUCUGUGCCCGCAGGACGCGAGCGGAGCGCGGGACGAUGAACGCGCAGCAGCAGAGGAUGGCGGCGAUCGGCACCGACAAGGAGCUCAGCGACCUGCUGGACUUCAGCGCGAUGUUUUCCCCACCUGUUAACAGUGGGAAGACCAGGCCAACCACGCUGGGCAGUAGCCAGUUCGGAGGAUCAGGUACUACUGGAAAUGGACACCUGGCUGUAUUCCAUGAACUACUGGAAGGGCUGCAUGUCUUUGGAAUUCAAGUUUAAAAAACAUUUUUACACAGCUGAGUUUUUUCUUUAAACUGAAUCAACCAAAAGCCUUUAAAGUACUUCAGAUUAUAUGGAGGGGAUUUAUAAUAAUUUUAAAUGGAGGGGGUGGUAAGAAUGGGUAAUAGCUUGAGCGACAUUAUCCCUAUUUUAGUUUAUCCUCCUUAGCAUUCUGUGUACCUAGCGCAUGCGCAGUGACCUCUGAUACCUCUUUUAAAUAAAACAGAUUUUUUUUCAGUG